AUGGUUUUGUCCUUACUCCUUUUUCUCUGCCUUUCAGCAUUGAAAUCUACGGCCUUUGAUAACAGCCGAUUUGACAAUGUGGCAGUUUAUUGGGGUCAGAAUUCCUAUGGAGCUACUCAUUCCGAUGUCGCGAACUUCCAGAAACCAAUAUCCUUCUACUGCCAGGACGAUUCCAUCGAUGUAUUUCCUAUCUCGUUCUUGAACGUGUUCUUCGGUACUGGUGGCGCACCCUCGAUCAAUCUCGCGAACACCUGCAACAACGUUGAUAAUGCUACAUUCCCUGGGACCUCGCUGCCAAAUUGCGCGUCCCUUGCCGUAGAUAUCGCAACUUGUCAAUCCAAGGGGAAGAUCAUCACUCUCAGUCUAGGCGGAGCGACGGGCUCCGUUGGUUUCCAAACCGACUCACAGGCCACCACCUUCGCGCAAACGAUCUGGGAUAUGUUUUUAGGAGGAAACUCCGCUACACGGCCAUUCGGUAGUGCGGUGUUAGACGGAAUUGAUCUUGACAUCGAGGGUGGCAAUUCGGCCGGUUAUGCGGCCUUUAUCAACAAAAUCCGUUCCCUGUCUAGUGGCUCUAGCAAGAAGUACUAUAUUACCGCUGCACCACAAUGCGUCUUCCCAGAUGCUGCAUUAGGAGGGGUACUGAACAGUGCCAGCUUCGAUGCUGUCUACGUUCAAUUCUACAACAAUCCGUGUGGUUUGCAAGCCUUUGACUCUGCAUCAAAUUGGAAUUUCGGCAUUUGGGACAACUGGGCACGAACUGUCAGUCCGAAUAAGAAUGUCAAAAUCUAUAUUGGCGCCCCGGCCUCCACUUCGGCGGCUGGGUCUGGCUACCAAAGCCCCGACAGAAUCAGCUCUAUUGCAGUACAAAUGCGCAAGAGCUUUCCCUCUUUCGGAGGUAUCAUGCUUUGGGAUGCUUCUCAGGCCUACGCGAAUAAUCGAUACGACAAAGCCGUAAAGUCAGCGCUUGUUGGCGCAGGUGGCACUGGUUUCCAGUUCCCGUCUUGUUCGGCCCCUACCUUCGCCUCAGGGACAAACUAUCCUGGUGGAUCGAAAGUAUCUUUCGGAGGGUGUGCGAAGUGGUUUGCUUCUUCCCAACCGGCAAACAAUCCGAACGGCGAUUGGAGUGCAAUCAGUGCGUGUUCAGGUACAGGUAGCACGCCACCAUCGACGACAAUCGGUACUUCUCCUACUUCUACUCCGACAUCCCCUGGCGGAAGUUGUGGUGGUGUUCAAGCUUGGUCUAGCACCUUAGUCUACACUGGUGGCCUACAAGUCUCUUUCGGUGGUCAUCUUUGGACCGCUAAAUGGUGGACGCAAGGAGAUACCCCUGGUGGUUCAGCUGAUGUCUGGACUGACAACGGUCUUUGUAGUGGCUCGAGGCGGGAGUCUCAGCCAACAGCUCCUACCAAGAGCUCUCGGGUCUUCUCGCCUCGUUAG